AUGAACACCGCAAGGUCGACGCUCGUCCGACGAGCAGUUCCUUCGCGAGUACUACCUUCAACUUUGCUCCGUCGGAGAGCCGCUCCCUUCCUGACAUCCAGUACAACCUAUUCUUCGACUCCUCGCUCCGUACUCCCAGCUGCCGUGUUCGUUCGUACGUACGCCAAUGGCCGACCUCAUCCCCCUGGCGGAACCCAUCGAAUGAAUAUGGGAGGCGAGCCUGAAAAACCUGCAUUGGAAGAAUACGGCGUCGAUCUGACAGCCCGAGCUAAAGAUGGCAAACUUGAUCCAGUCAUCGGAAGAGAUGGAGAGAUUCAUCGAACGAUACAGAUCCUUUCACGUCGAACGAAAAACAAUCCCGUCUUGAUUGGUGCAGCUGGAACGGGUAAGACCGCCAUUCUUGAAGGUCUCGCACAGAGGAUAGUAAGAGGAGACGUACCCGAAAGCAUCAAGAAUAAGAGAGUUAUUUCUCUGGACCUGGGUCAAUUGAUAGCAGGUGCCAAGUUCAGAGGUGACUUUGAAGAACGGUUGAAGAAGGUUCUUAAAGAGGUACAAGACGCACAUGGAGGAGUCAUCCUUUUCGUCGACGAAUUGCAUACCCUGCUCGGUCUCGGAAAGGCUGAAGGGUCAAUUGAUGCGAGCAACCUCCUGAAACCAGCUCUGUCGCGUGGCGAGUUACAAUGUUGUGGUGCCACGACUCUCAACGAGUACCGCCAAAUCGAGAAGGAUGUUGCGCUUGCACGUCGAUUCCAGCCAAUCCUGGUCGGCGAACCUUCAGUUCAAGACACCAUUUCUAUCUUGCGUGGCAUUAAGGACCGUUAUGAAGUCCAUCACGGCGUUCGCAUUACAGACGGUGCUCUUGUUGCCGCCGCGACAUACAGUAAUCGAUACAUUACUGAUCGCUUCCUACCCGACAAAGCUAUAGAUCUUGUGGAUGAGGCAGCUUCUGCUCUUCGCUUGCAACAGGAAUCCAAACCUGACGCGAUCCAAAAACUAGAUCGCGAGAUCAUGACCAUUCAAAUCGAGCUCGAGUCUUUGCGGAAGGAGACGGACAUCGCCUCCAAAGAACGUCGGCAAAAGUUAGAGGAGACGCUUGCAGACAAGAAGAAAGAAGUGGAUCGUCUGACCGAGAUUUGGGACCGCGAGAAAGCGGAAAUCGAAACCAUCAAACGAACCAAAGAAGACCUUGAAAAGGCACGACAGGAGUUGGAGCAGGCCAGACGUGAAGGAAACUUUGCUCGUGCAGGUGAACUGCAAUAUGCGACCAUUCCAAAACUCGAAUCUCAACUGCCCAGGGAAGGCGAAGAAGUCACCACGACGACGAAGGACGGAGAGACCCUUAUCCAUGAUUCGGUGACUGCUGAUGACAUUGCCAACGUCGUCAGCCGAACAACAGGCAUUCCAGUCACCAAACUCAUGGCUGGGGAAGUUGAAAAGCUUGUGAAGAUGGAGGACAAAUUGCGAGACCAUGUCCGUGGUCAAGAUGAAGCUCUUACCGCGGUGGCCAAUGCGGUCCGCAUGCAACGAGCAGGUCUUAACGGUGAAAACCGUCCGCUCGGAAGUUUUAUGUUCCUUGGACCUACUGGCGUCGGAAAGACAGAACUCUGCAAGCAGAUUGCCAACUUCCUCUUCAGCACAGAAUCCGCCGUGGUACGCUUCGACAUGUCGGAAUUUCAGGAGAAGCACACAGUAUCACGACUCAUUGGCGCCACCGCAGGCUACGUUGGGUACGAGGAUGCAGGCCAGCUGACAGAAGCUGUUCGACGCAAACCGUAUGCAGUUCUCCUGUUCGACGAGUUUGAGAAGGCCCACCGUGACAUCUCAAGUCUGCUGCUGCAAGUGCUGGACGAGGGAUUUCUCACCGACAGCCAAGGCCACAAAGUCGACUUCCGGAACACUCUGAUUGUCUUGACCAGCAACCUUGGUGCCGAAAUUCUGAUGGGCAGUGGGGCAGACGUGGAAACAGUGACGCCCGAACAAAAGAAAGGCGUGAUGGAAGUUGUGCAAGCUUCUUACCCGCCCGAGUUCCUCAACCGGAUCGACGAAUUCAUCAUCUUCAACAAACUGUCGAAGUCUGCUCUGCGAGACAUUGUGGACAUCCGCAUCCGCGAACUUCAAGGGCGCCUUGACGAUCGUAGGAUCGCGCUUGACAUUUCGUCCGAAGUCAAGGACUGGUUAUGCGAGAAGGGCUAUGAUCCUCGAUACGGCGCCAGGCCGCUCAAUCGCCUCAUACAACACGAGAUCGGACGAAGACUAGCAGACAGGAUCAUUAGAGGCGAACUGAAGACUGGGGAUACCGCGAAGGUCAUCUUGGGCAAAGACAGGGAGACCUUGGAUUUGGAAGUGCGAGCAAAAGCCUAG